AUGCCUGUAUCUAAAUCGCUAGCUAAAAUUAAAAAAAAUUUAAAAAGUGGUACAAAGAAAGCCACCAUUCAUCCAAAGGGUCGUAAGUUUCAACAAUUAACAAGAGCCACAUUACGUGACGAAAAGAUUGCCGCCAAGAAAAAGGCACAUAAUGAACGUAAAUCUAAUGAACUAGCUCGUGUAAAAUUUAUUCAAGAUAUCAUAAAUUCUGAUAGUUUCAAAGAACAAAUGACUUUCAGUCUGAAAGAAUUAUCUAUUUUUAUUCAACAAUUUAUUGAUAGAGAUGAUGAUGAAUUAAAUGAAUUGAAAAAGAAGAGAAGAUCAAAUAGGCCACCAACAAAUAGACAGUUGUUAUUGGAUCAUAAAAAAUCUCUAGAAAUGGAAGAAUUCAAAAAGGGUUUCUUAUGUCCGGAUCUUUUGGAUGAAAAGAACGUUGAAUUUUUAAGAGGUUGGAAUUUAUCAUUUGGCGGUAUGUCCACUUUAAAAUUGAUCAGGGUUGAUAGUCAAGGUAAUCAAACAUUAAUUAAUGAAGUUAAUACUGCUGACGUAGAUAUGGAAUAG